AUGAAGGAUCCUUCUACUCGAGGUAUGGAACUUGUACAAGUGAUAAUGUCUGACAAUGAGAAAUGUCUAAACAUGAUUAGAAUGGAGACUCAUUGUCUUAGACUACUUAUAGAACAACUUGUACAAGUGUAUGAGUUGCCUAUCUUACGAUCUUCAAUUCGAGUUGAGGAACAAGUGGUGAUGACCUUACAAUAUUUAGCACAUGGUCAUAGUAUGUCUUGUGUGGGAAUAACAUUUGGUCACUCUAAACAAACAGUAUCUCGAUACGUUUCAAUGGUACUAAAGUCCCUUCAUCGACUAAGUAUUGCUGAGAUACAACCGAUUGAUCAAAAUAUUAUACAUCCAAAGUUUACAACAACACCAUUACGUCAAAUAUUUAAGAAUUGCAUUGGUGCUAUAGAUGGUACUCACGUGGAAGUGUAUCCUAAAGCAGAAAAUUCGUAUUGUUGGCGUGGACGAUCGGGACACACAACCACUAACGUAAUAGCAAUAUGUAACCAUGAUCUCAUGUUCACUUAUUUUGUGUCUGGUGCAGAAGGAUCAAUGCACGACUCAACGGUGCUUGAUAUAGCACGACAUACUCCUCAAUAUCUUUUUCCACAUCCACUCCCGGGUACGUUAAUUAAACACAUAUCAGGAAAAUAUUAUCUGGUUGAUUCUGGGUAUUCAAAUCAAAUAGGGUAUUUAGCCCCAUAUCCUCGAACAAAUUACCAUCCUCAUCAUUUCGGAGGAGUACUUCUUUCUACGAGAAAAGAGAUGUUCAAUAUGCAACACUCUUCGCUCAGAUCAACCAUAGAGAGGACAUUCGGAAUUUGGAAAAAUAAGUGGCGAAUUAUCUCAAACGGAAAAUCAUUACGUGGAUUUAAUCUUAAGAAACAACUUCAAAUAAUUCAAGCAACUGCAGGUUUACAUAAUUUUGUUCGGAAGAAUAAUAUAGAAGUCAUAGUGGAUGAUAACCCCAAUGAUGACACUGAAGUAUUAGUAGACGAUGAUAUUUUAUUGUCGCCUAAUGUUUUACCUCGUAAUGAAAUGGAUCAAUUUCGAGAUGAGCUUUCUAAAAAAGUGUAUGAUUGUAUUAGACAUGAAUAA